GGAUAUCAACGUACAAAAUGUUAGUCUCAGACUCGGUAAUAACUGGUAAUAACGACAUAUUCGUGAAAAUCGUUAGCCCUGAAGGCCGAAUGUUCACCACCUACUUCCCAGAAGACACUCUUAUUGAAGAAGUCAAGAAUCGUGCCAUAGAAUACUUCUAUCCGACCGGCGAAAAUGGAAUCGGUCGGUAUAAGAUCGUUCGAGUUUGUGACACGACAACGUUACACGAUUUCUUAACACUCGGGCAGGAACAAAUCGCCAUGUACGAAGAGUUACUUUUGAUAGAGAGGCGCGUAUCUGAAGCUGGAACUCUGUGGGACUUGGGAGCGGUCAGAGCUCCCCAAAGUGCAGCUAUCAUAGCCGCGACCGCUUCCCUACCAACUCCGCAAAACACUGUCCGACAACCAAAUUUACAAUCCUUACUUUCGACGAAUGAAUUGUCGUACGAAUUGAGAAAAAUUCUAAUAUCGCUAGUGGAAGCUGGAGCGAGAUUAGCAGCGGCUGGCAGAAAUUACGAACUGACAUUAGCACAGCUUUCUGCAGCGCUGGACGAGCCCCAGCGAACUCAGCAAAUUGUCGUUCAAGUUAUAACACCAGAGGAAAUAGCAGCUAGGCUAAAUGUUCCCGAAUCGGAAGGUGCUUCAACAGCACCGGUUGUCGGAGAUGAACCAUAUAAACGAGCUGAAUACUUACGACGGUUUCUGGAGAAGUUCCGAUUAUGGAGGACGAGGAUCAUGGAGCCACCGAACCCUGAAUCUAUAGCUGCACUUAAAGACCUUGGUUUUUCGUUGGAGGAAGCUGAUUUAGCUCUUCGGUCUACGGGUUCUAAUAUACCAGCUGCCGCGUCUUGGCUGAUCGGUGAACGAGGAUCAAGUGUCUUCGAAUUGAUUAAUGGCUUGCCAGACGGAUCCAUCCUUCAGACUUUAUUAAAGCAACCACAGAUUCAACGUGGUCUGCUAAAUACGAGGAUGUUGAUAGCGUUCAUAGCAAUGGUCGGCCAAACGGGUAAUGCAGCCCUAUGGUUGAACUCUCCUCACGGGAGUCCGUUGCUAUCACAAAUAUCGAGGACUUAUCAUUCAGAGAAAUAUUGCUUCGCUGUAAACCAGUUCUCAGAAAGACAAGAGGCUUCUAAGCCUUCAACUUCAAAGCAGAAGAAACAAUGAACUUCAUUCAAACUUAUUUUAUUUUGGAAGAUUAUAUUUUGAUAUUUCGAAUGUACGUUAAUAAAUCAAAAAUCG